UACUUUCCUGCGGAUAUAUUCUCUCACAUUCCUUCCUCCAAAAAGGACCAACCGCACGGACAAACAAGUUCACAUGUAAUUUAAUUCAAUAUACUGUCUGGAAACAACUUUCCUGAUCGUUAAUUUCUGCCUGACAUAAGAAUUCAUUGCAAAUUCAACAUCGGGGCUUCAGGCUAAUGCAUCAUUGCAUGGUUCCACAGGCAAUGUGAAAGCCUAUAUCAAAAUGAUUGCCAUCGGUUACGUUUAAUUAUGGCGAGACGGAGUUCUAUCUCAUAUGUAGUACACUACUUUUGACUGCGUUGAACUAGAUAGGGAAUUGGGUGUCGUUUUAAGACGUAUUUCCUCAGGAUCAAGGGGCGCUGUGCUGCUGUUUAUUCUUGCUCUGGCUUUGCGGCCUUUUCUGUUGCCUGGAAAAGCCUUCUCGCAAGGUUAUGAAAUGAGUGUCAUUUUGACUUAACGGUGGAGCUCGUUUUUUAAUCCUGGACUCGGUCACUAUUCGGAUGGGUUGAGCCAAGAUGUCGUGCUUUUUACUGCUGUCGCAGCUCCGGUAACCGUUCCUCAUGUUAACCCUUGGGGGAGGAGGGAUUCUUGAGUGCUGUCGCACAACUAUUACUUUCCGACUUCUGCUGUUCGAGUCUGGCAACAACAGAACUGGAAGUGGUUGUGGGUUUUGGUUUUCACGGCGAUACUUGUAAAAUCUCUUUUUUUUAAAAAGGCGAUCGUUGUAAAUGAUCUCUCUGCGUGUAUGUAUGUGUGUGUAAGAGAGAGAAUGAGGGAUACCAACGGGAGGAUUUCGUGGCACUACUCGGGAUGAUGGGAAUUCCACCGGUAUGGGCGCUUGGCGCUGGCCAGACUAGAUGAGGAAGUGAGGCUGAGAGAGAGGUCAGCAGAGAGACAACGGCUAUCUGGGACUGCGGCAGGAAGAGGACCUUUGGGCAGAGGAGAGAGAGGUCAGCAGAUAGACAACGGCUACCUGGGACUGCGGCAGGAAGAGGACCUUUGGGCAGAGGAGAGAGAGGUCAGCAGAUAGACAACGGCUACCUGGGACUGCGGCAGGAAGAGGACCUUUGGGCAGAGGAGAGAGAGGUCAGCAGAUAGACAACGGCUACCUGGGACUGCGGCAGGAAGAGGACCUUUGGGCAGGUUCCUGCAGCGUGUGUCAGGGUGGAGUUACCUGACCCAUGGAGAAUUACUUCCAGACAGAGGCCUUCAACCUGGACAAGGUGCUGGAUGACUUUGAACAGAACCAAGAUGAUGAGACAGACAGUCCCACUCUGUCGGAUGCAAAGUGGAGUCAGAUCCUGGCCCCUCCGACCCACUUCCUGUCUCUGAACCCUGCUCUGGCUUUGACCCCUGACCCCAGGGACGGGGACAGUCCCCUCCCCUUCAAGACCCUCCCAACCCUCGACCCGUCCUCUAACGACUUCCAGGGGCCUGACUCCAAACGCCACCCCGCUGCCAAGCCUCCUUCCUGGGGAGAGGAGAGGCCAGGCUGCGCUGCGGACGUCCACAGCCCUCCGCUCCCCCAACCCAACAUCGGCAAGCUGGUGGGGGGUGAGGAGGGCUUGUCUCCCCCUGUGCCGGCUUCCUCGAGCCCCCCUCCUUACCACCACCUGGCCCUAGAGAACGGCUUCACCUCUAUCAGCUCCUCUUGUCCUGCUCUCAACGGGCUCCGUGAGGAACCCUGCAAGGGGAUCCAAACGACCCCUUCAAACCACCAGCCGCCUGCCCCCUCUGACCCACGUCCUGAUGUCCCUCUGGAGGGUAGGGAGGGGGAGAGGAGUGGUGGAAGCUCUCACAUUAGGGUGACCCCUUCAAACCACCAGCCGCCUGCCCCCUCUGACCCACGUCCUGAUGUCCCUCUGGAGGGUAGGGAGGGGGAGAGGAGUGGUGGAAGCUCUCACAUUAGGGUGACCCCUUCAAACCACCAGCCGCCUGCCCCCUCUGACCCACGUCCUGAUGUCCCUCUGGAGGGUAGGGAGGGGGAGAGGAGUGGUGGAAGCACUCACAUUAGUCAUUCACACUUUACCUAUGAGGAAAGCCUGGGAGGGGACAGACAGGUGGCAGACAGACAGGUGGCAGACAGACAGGUGGCAGACAGACAGGUGGCAGACAGACAGGUGGCAGACAGACAGGUGGCAGUAGAUGAGUCUAACCCCCGUCUGGAGACGGAGAGCACUUGGGUUGCGUCACCCACACAGGAGAGGGACAGAGAGGAGGCUGACAUGGCUGGGGGACAGUCACAGGACAUUGGGGGGAGAGGACAGAAUGGAGGGGUGAUGGAAGAACUGAGAGGGGGGAGAAAAGAGUGUAGGAAGUCUUCUCAGAAGGAGAAGAGGUUGAAUGGAGAGCUGGACAAGAGUAGAGGUCAGAAUGGAGAGGUGGCUCUCACCAACGGCCUGGCUACUGCAGGGGAAGAAGAGAGAGGGUCUCUCACCCCUCCCCCCUCCAAGGAGGACUCUGUAACAGAGGAGAAGGAGAUGGAGGAGAGCAAGCAAGAGCACGAAGGAGGAGGAGAAAGAGGUGGUAGCUCUUUACCCAAGAAACUGAACAACAGUUGUUUGCAGCCGGUGAGCUUGCCGUUCGGAGGGGCACGUCCUAAACAGCCGGUCAGUCUCAAACUGCAGAUCCCCCGGCCCCUAUACGAACAGGUCCAGAACCAGCUGGCUCCUUCUGUUACACCGCUGGCAACGUUACUGGUGGAGGAAAGAACAAGAACCUUGAGAACCGUGGCGGUGCCGGAAACAUGGAUACGGCAACUGUACUUGCCUUGGGCGACCCUGGUGGUGGUGGUGGUGGGUGGUGUUGUGAAGGGGGAGGUGCUAACCGGGGAGUCUCCGUCAUCAUCGUCGGGCCUGGUGGAGGUGUCUGAGAGCAGCCCGGAUAAUGACUUCCAGGCAGGGCAGCAUCACCAAGGGGCUCUGCCCAGGAAACAGCUCUCCUCCCUGGGGGAUGUAGCCCCCGUGUGGGUCCCUGACUCCCAGGCUCCAGUCUGUAUGAAGUGCGAGGUCCGCUUCACCUUCACCAAGAGGAGGCAUCACUGCAGGGCCUGUGGAAAGGUGUUCUGUGCUGCCUGCUGCAGCCUGAGGAGCAGACUGAUUUACAUGGACAGGAAGGAGGCCAGAGUCUGCAUCACCUGUCACUCUGCCCUAAUGAGUGCUCAUUCGAGAGAGGGUAUGUGUGACAUGUCUAACCAGAGUCCUAACUCCAACAACCCAGCAGAGUACUGCAGUACCAUCCCACCUCUGCAGCAGAUCCAAUCCUCAGGGACGCUGACCUCCCUUCCCCCCACUGUCAUGGUCCCUGUGGGAGUUCCUAAAACACCCGGCUCCGAGGGGUCUCUCGCUCGGGAGCAGAGGAGGGUGUGUUUUGCAGACGGGAUCCUACCCAAUGGGGAAGCAGCGGAAUCCCCCAAGCCCCCUGCUACCAGCCCCGCUCCCUCGCGUCCAUUGGCCGUCUCGCAGUGUUCCAACAAAUCCUCCACUGCUGAUUCGUCAGAGGCAUUGUCCCCGGCCCCUGCAGCCCCAGUGGGAAGCCCUGUAGGCAGCUCCAUCAGUCUAAUUCCUGAGGACGGACUUCCUCCCAUCCUCAUCUCCACCGGAGUUAAAGGAGACUAUGCAGUGGAGGAGCGUCCCUCUGAGAUGGUUCUGAUACAGCAGCUGGAGGAGGGAGGUCCUGACCCCUUGGUGUUUGUGCUCAACGCUAACCUGCUGGCCAUGGUCAAACUGGUAAACUACGUAAACAGGAAGUGUUGGUAUGUGACCAGUAAGGGGAUGCAUGCAGUGGGCCAGGCUGAGGUGGUGGUGCUGCUGCAGUGUCUGCCUGACGAAAAGAGCAUUCCCAAAGACCUCUUCAGCCACUUCGUACAGCUCUACCAGGAGGCCCUCACAGGUAAUGUCCUGACCCACCUGGGCCAUUCGUUCUUCACCCAGAGUUUCCUGGGCAGCAGGGAGCAUGGAGGGUUCCUCUACGUCUCCCCGUCUUUCCAGUCCCUCCAGGACCUGAUGCUCCCUAACCCCCCUUACCUGUUUGGGGUGUUGCUGCAGAAGUGGGAGACCCCCUGGGCUAAGGUGUUCCCCCUCCGACUCAUGUUCCGGCUGGGUGCAGAGUACAGAUUCUACCCCUGCCCUCUGUUCAGUGUGCGGUUUAGAAAACCCCUCUUCGGAGAGACCGGCCACACCAUCAUGAACCUGCUAGCAGACUUCCGUAACUACCAGUACACGUUGUCCAUGGUGAAGGGUCUGGUGGUGGACAUGGAGGUGAAGAAGACCUGCAUCAAGAUCCCCAGCAACCGAUACAACGAGCUAAUGAAGGCUAUGAACAAGUCCAAUGAGCACGUCUUGGCCAUGGGGGCGUGUUUCAACGAGCGGGCCGACUCCCACCUGGUGUGUGUACAGAACGAUGACGGAAACUACCAGACACAGGCCAUCAGCAUUCACCAUCAACCACGCAAAGUGACCGGCGCCUGCUUCUUCGUGUUCAGUGGUUCUCUAAAGGCAGGACACCUGGCCAAGACCAGCAUUGUUGAAGACGGUGUGAUGGUGCAGAUCACAGGAGAGACUAUGGACGCUCUACGGCAAGCCCUGAGGGACAUGAAGGACUUCAGUAUCACCUGUGGCCUGGUCGACCAGGAGGACAGACAGGAACAUGUUCACAUACAGUGGAUAGAAGAUGACAUCAACUUCAACAAGGGAGUGAUCAGUCCUAUCGAUGGGAAGUCUAUGGAGUCCAUCACUAGUGUGAAGAUCUUCCAAGGGUCGGAGUUCAAGGCCAACGGGAAGGUCAUCCGCUGGACAGAGGUGUUCUACCUCCAGAGUGAUGACCAGGCUCAGCCCGACGGUCUGAGUGACCCUGCUGAUCACAGCCGUUUGACGGAGAACGUAGCGAGGGCGUUCUGUGUGGCGUUGUGCCCUCACCUGAAACUGUUGAAGGAGGAUGGCAUGGCCAAGCUGAGCCUACGCGUCACCCUCGACUCAGAGCAGGUGGGUUACCUGGCGGGCAGUAAUGGCCAGCCUCUCCUCCCCCGUUACCUGAGCGACCUGGACAGUACCCUGAUCCCUGUCAUCCACAGCGGGGCAUGUCAACUCAGUGAGGGCCCUGUCAUCAUGGAGCUGGUUUUCUACAUCCUGGAGAUUAUCUCCUAGGAGACGGAUGCAACGGACCCCCCCCUCCCGUCUCCUGGUUCUCCCUUUCUCUCUUCCACCACCUCUUUUUUUCCCCCUCCCAUUCUGCCUCGCCUCCCAUCCCUUCAGAGGGGCUGAAAACUGAGCAGGGCAGCUAGCUAAUGUUACUGUCCCUUCACCAGACGGACAGCUAGCUCUGCUGGUUGGCUACCAGCUAGCUAAUGUUGCUAUCCAUUCACCAGACGGACAGCUAGCUCUGCUGGUUAGCUACCAGCUAGCUAAUGUUGCUAUCCCUUCACCAGACGGACAGCGAGCUCUGCUGGUUAGCUACCAGCUAGCUAAUGUUGCUAUCCCUUCACCGGACAGCUAGCCCUGCUGGUUGGCUACCAGCUAGCUAAUGUUACUGUCCCUUCACCAGACGGACAGUUAGCUCUGCUGGUCGGCUACCAGCUAGCUAAUGUUGCUAUCCCUUCACCAGACGGACAGCUAGCUCUGCUGGUUAGCUACCAGCUAGCUAAUGUUGCUAUCCCUUCACCAGACGGACAGCUAGCUCUGCUGGUUAGCUACCAGCUAGCUAAUGUUGCUAUCCCUUCCAGACG